AUGUCGAGUAGGAGUAUGGGGGAGAUUUUGAUGGGAUUUGGAACACUCAUGGGAAGCAUCAUGUUUGUUUAUACGAUGAUUCAACAAUUUGUUCCAGAGUAUGUCUCUCAUUAUCUAUCAGUAUACAUAUGCCGAAUUACGGCAUUUGCAUAUCCUUACAUAGAGAUAAGCUUCGAUGAAUUCACUGGUGGUGGUGAUUGGUUAAAAGUAAGCAAAGCUUACACCGCAAUUGAAGCUUAUUUGGGUCCUAAAAGUUCUAAGCGUGCAAAGCGACUGAAGGCUCGGAUAGUAAAGGGAAACAAGGAUCUUGCCUUUAGCAUGGAUGAUGAUGAAGAGAUAGUUGAUGAAUUUGAAGGAGUGAAAAUCUGGUGGUCCUUGGACAAGACUGUCACAGAAACCAAGUCUUUUUCCCGUUAUUCUUCGGCUACUGAGGAGCGACGACAUUUGACGCUCAAAUUUCAUCGGCGGCACCGCGAGAUGAUCACCAAGUCAUAUCUAUAUCAUGUCAUCAAUGAGGGAAAGGAAAACAUGAUUGAGAACAGGCACAUACGUCUUUACUCUAAUAACGCAAACCACGAGUAUGGAUACAAGUUGUGGAGUCAGGUAGCGUUUGAGCACCCAGUGACGUUCGAUCACCUCGCAAUGGAUCCAGCAAAAAAGCAAGAAAUUAUCGAUGAUCUUGUAACGUUUAGUAUGGGGAGAGACUACUAUCUGAAGAUUGGUAAACCAUGGAAGCGUGGGUAUCUCUUGUAUGUCCCUCCCGGUACUGGUAAGUCUAGUAUGAUUGCUGUCAUGGCUAAGCUUUUGAAUUAUGACAUUUAUGAUCUUGAACUAACGGCAGUGAACGGAAAUAGCGAGCUUAAACAACUUUUACAUAAUACAUCAAAUAAGUCUAUUACUGUAAUAGAGGAUGUCGAUUGCUCACUCGAUCUUACUAACAAACGGGAGAAGAAGAAAAAGGAGGAAGAUAAAGAUAAAGAAGAAGAAGAAAGUAACGUGGACAGGAAGGUUACGCUAUCUGGGCUUCUUAAUGUCAUAGACGGGUUAUGGUCAGCUUGCAGCAAAGAACGAAUCUUUGUGUUCACCACUAACUACGUCGAGGAAUUAGACCCAGCUCUUAUUCGUAGAGGACGGAUGGACAAACACAUUGAAAUGUCGUACUUCUGUUUCGAAGGAUUCAAAGUGUUCACGAAGAUAUACUUAGACCUGGAGUCUCAUGAACUGUUUGACACCAUAAGACUUUUGAUCCAUGAGGUAAAAGUUUCUCCUGCUGAUGUUGCUGAGAAUUUGAUGCCUAAAACCAUCCAAAGAGACUCUCAAGCUUGUUUGCAAAACUUGAUAAAGGCUCUUGAGAGGAUAAAAGAAGAUGAAAAGUUGAAAGCUGAGAAAGAAGAAGCAUAA